UCAACUUUUACUCGCCAAUGUCUGUUACCCAAGCUCUUUGUUCAAUCCAAAAGAAAUGCCAAGCAAGAUGUCGUCGUCAUGCAGGAUGGAUCGGUGUCCACGACGGUAAUCCCCAUUGCAAAUGAAAAUCCUCUUAAAAAAUCAACUAACGGGCUGUUACCAGUUACACCUCCUGAGGAGUGUAAGGAUGGAGGGGGUUUUGAUAUCAGUAGAGGCGAGUCCACUGUCAGUAUUACUGUUGUUGGGGCUUCUGGUGACCUUGCGAAGAAGAAGAUAUUUCCUGCACUUUUUGCAUUGUACUAUGAGGACUGCCUUCCCAAUCACUUCACGGUUUAUGGUUAUGCUCGGAGUAAGAUGACUGAUGCGGAGCUUAGAAACAUGGUCAGCAAAACCCUUACAUGCAGAAUUGAUAAGAGAGAGAACUGUGGUGAAAAGAUAGAGCAAUUUCUCAGUAGAUGUUUCUACCAUUCUGGUCAGUAUGACUCUCCAGAAGAUUUUGCAACACUGGACAAGAAGCUCAAGGAACAUGAGGUAUUGAUAUUGGCCUUUGGUCGAGAUUCAGAAUCCUCAGCUGCAUUAACAAAAUCCCUGAAGCAGUAUCUAGCAGAAGAUCAGAUAUUCAGGAUAGAUCAUUAUCUGGGAAAGGAGCUAGUGGAAAACCUAUCUGUCCUUCGCUUCUCGAACUUUAUUUUUGAACCAUUGUGGUCAAGGCAGUAUAUAAGGAAUGUACAGUUUAUAUUUUCUGAAGAUUUUGGCACUGAAGGACGGGGAGGGUAUUUUGACAAUUAUGGAAUAAUAAGAGAUAUAAUGCAGAACCAUCUGCUUCAGAUAUUAGCUCUCUUUGCCAUGGAAACACCUGUCAGCUUAGAUGCUGAGGAUAUCAGGAAUGAGAAGGUCAAAGUUCUACGUUCAAUGAGGCCUUUACGACUCAGUGACAUAGUUGUAGGGCAAUACAGGGGCCACACUAAAGGUGGAGUUACUUACCCAGCCUAUACUGAUGACAAAACUGUGCCAAAAGGCAGCUUGACUCCAACUUUUGCUGCAGCUGCUCUCUUUAUUGACAAUGCAAGAUGGGAUGGAGUGCCUUUUCUGAUGAAGGCUGGCAAGGCAUUACAUACUAAGAGGGCAGAGAUAAGAGUGCAGUUUAGACAUGUCCCUGGCAAUUUGUAUAGCCGAAGCUUUGGUACAGAUGUUGACAAAUCGACAAACGAACUUGUUAUCCGAGUACAACCUGAUGAAGCUAUAUACUUGAAGAUUAAUAACAAGGUCCCUGGUUUGGGAAUGAGAUUGGACCAUAGCAAUCUAAAUCUACACUAUGCUGCAAGAUAUUCGAAGGAGAUUCCAGAUGCAUACGAGAGGCUUCUGCUUGAUGCUAUUGAAGGGGAAAGGCGACUGUUUAUAAGAAGUGAUGAGCUGGAUGCUGCUUGGGCCCUAUUCACUCCUGUUUUGAAAGAGUUAGAAAAGAAAAAGACUGCCCCUGAAUAUUAUCCUUAUGGUAGCCGGGGCCCUGUUGGUGCUCACUAUCUGGCUGCAAGAUACAAUGUUAAGUGGGGAGAUGUCAGUCUAGAGCAACAAUCCUAUGAUUCUUGAAAGUGCUAUCAGAAUGAGAGAAAGCAAAAGCCCUAGAGGUAUUUACAUUUUGAUAAGGUACACGAAGUUGUAUUAUUUUCGUGGCUCGGGGUUGUAUCAACUCCAUGGGCAACUAGGAGUAUCCUGGUUAGAUAAACAAAGAGAAUCGACCAAGGAAGACGAAAAUUGAUCUUCCCUAGUUUUAUUUGUUUCUUUUAUCUUAUUACCAUUCAUGUUCCAGUCUUAAAUUCUUAUUUUUAACAUGGUAACAGACUAGUUUUGAUGGUAGUUCACAA